AUGGCUCUGCUCGUCUCCCUAAUCGUCGUAAAGAAACGACGUGGGAACCACAUUACUCCUACGAAGUACGUUAUAACGCGCCUCAAUGCACACGUUCCGGUCCCCUCACCAGCCUAUUCGUUUGUUUUACCUCAAUAUGCUGGAGAGGAGACGUCAUCAAUCUUCGAUUGCUCAUACGUGAAUGCGACUCGUGCACAAGGGUGGCGCGUUGCAACCGAAAUCGUCCUUCAAGCCGUUUUUUACGACGAUCAAGGAGAAAUGAGCAGAACCACACCGGAUUACCCCAUCACGUCAGAUUCAUGGUAUGCUGCCUUCAAACGUUCCUUCUUCGUUUCUCCUUCAGUUCGUUAUCCAUGCUUACUUCAACCUAGCAAAACCCGACCAGUCCAGCAGUAA